GGUAGAUAGACAGGUUUAGAAUCUCAUACUCUUGAUAUAUUUAUGCGCUUUGAAUUGCUCACGAGUAAUUUCUUUAUGGGUUUGCCUUAUCAAUUUCAGGUACCUUUUACUGUUUGCAAAAAAUAAAAAUCGAGUUACUUAUCAAUUUAUGCGACACACACUGACAUUUCAUGACCCACAGAAUUUUCGGAGUAAUCUCAUUUUAUAACAAAACAGAUGCAAAUGUUCUCAAUUUUAAGUAGAUGUUCUUGAAGUGGCAAAGUGAAAAGACGAUGAGGAAGAAUAUUAAGCAUUUUUUGCUGCUUCUUUUUAUUUUAAUUGGUGUGAAUUGUGACGAAUCUACAUUCGAUAAGGAAUGUCUCGCAGAUUACUUAAAGCGGAAUGGAAUACUUGAAUCUUCAUUUGCAUCGGCACCAUACAUUAAUAGUACUGAGCUUUGUGAUCAACUUAUGAUAAAACUUGUAAGCGAUUUCAAUAAUGAUGUUAAUAGACGUAUCCAUAAUGAGAAUUUGAUGGAGAAUCAAGAAUGCAUAAUUGAGAAUUUUGAGAAGCAUGGGAUUGUGAAAUUUUAUUUGAAAGCCUUUGUAUUUCAACUGUAUGGAAAAAUCCCAAAUUUUAAGCGAAAGUCAUCAGCAACAAAAAAUAAAUUCAUUUCAAUGCUCGACAAGUCAUGUCAUCCGGAUAUUUUUGGAAAAGAAUUUGAUUUAAUUAGAGGAUCUCCAACAACUCCAGAUGAAAAUAUUGCAUGCAUUCAGAAAGCAUACUUUGAAGCUAACAUUCUUAAUUUUAAUGAAUUUAGAAUAGAUUUGUCAAAAUUCAAAAUGCCCAACUGCACAACAGAAGCUCAAGAAUUUUCAAUUCCGCCUCUAAUUCAACGCGAUUAUUUUGGACUUUCAGCACAACGAGUAAAACGAUGUUACAAAAAUUAUUUCCUGAAGAAGCAAGUGUCAUUGCGGAUGGCAACCUCGGUUGUAUUUAAAAAUGUUGACUUGUCAUCGGAUCAAAUUGCUAUUAUUCGUAAUAAGUAUCAUGUAUGGAUGACUGAAAAUCAGAAUGCAAUAUUUACGUGUAUUAAUAAACAUAUUUAAUCAUUUCUGAGUA